AUGGACCCUGUGGGGGCAGCAGGCGGCUUCCCGUCCCGGAUCCUCUCCGCCUCCGCCUUCAGGCCGGUGGAGGAACAAAAAUCCGUCUGGCAGAGACCGUCACGGAGGGUGACUAAGCCAGAUGUGCCAGCUGCUGGAGUGCGGUCGCCUGGUCGGGCUGGUGGCCUGCUCCCCGCAGAACCCCCAGGCCCUCUGACUCACCUGAACCUGCGAGACGACUCGGAGGCGCGGCCGCAGAGCGGAGCCGACGGGCGGGGCCUCGCGGGCAGCUGGAGCAGGGCAUCCCCAGAGCGCACCACUGUCCUGAGGGAAGGCGUACGCCGGUGCUUGCAGCUGCAGUGCGAGCAGACUGUGCGGAUCCUGCACGCCAAGGUGGCCCAGAAAUCAUACGGAAAUGAGAAGCGGUUCUUCUGCCCCCCGCCCUGUGUGUACCUCGCGGGUCCUGGCUGGAGGGUGAAGCCAGUGCCGGGCCAAGCCCACCCAGCAGGGGAACCGGGGCCCACUGUCUGCGGUUACAUGGGACUGGACGGCGCAUCCGGCAGCGCCGCCGAGACGCAGAAGUUAAAUUUCGAGGAGCAGCCCGACUCCAGGGAAUUCGGUUGCGCCAAGACCCUGUACAUCUCAGACGCAGACAAGAGGAAGCACUUCCGGCUGGUGCUGCGGCUAGUGCUCCGAGGCGGCCGGGAGCUGGGCACCUUCCACAGCCGCCUCAUCAAGGUCAUCUCGAAGCCCUCACAGAAGAAGCAGUCGCUGAAAAACACCGACCUGUGCAUAUCCUCGGGCUCCAAGGUCUCCCUCUUCAACCGCCUGCGCUCCCAGACGGUCUCCACGCGCUACCUCUCCGUGGAGGACGGGGCCUUCGUGGCCAGUGCGCGCCAGUGGGCUGCCUUCACCCUCCACCUGGCUGAUGACCAGUCCUCCCAGGGGGACUUCCCACCUCGAGAGGGCUAUGUCCGCUAUGGCUCCCUGGUGCAGCUGGUCUGCACUGUCACGGGCAUCACCCUACCUCCAAUGAUCAUCCGCAAAGUAGCCAAACAGUGUGCACUCCUCGACGUGGACGAGCCCAUCUCCCAGCUGCACAAGUGUGCACUCCAGUUUCCUGGGGGCCCUCCUGGAGGCGGCGGCACCUACCUGUGUCUUGCCACAGAGAAGGUGGUGCAGUUCCAGGCCUCCCCCUGCCCCAAGGAGGCGAAUAGGGCGUUGCUCAACGACAGCUCUUGCUGGACCAUCAUAGGCACCGAGUCGGUGGAAUUCUCCUUCAGCACCAGCCUGGCGUGCACCCGGGAGCCGGUCACCCCGGUGCCCCUCAUCAGCACCCUCGAGCUGAGUGGCGGGGGUGACGUGGCCACGCUGGAGCUCCACGGUGAGAACUUCCACGCGGGGCUCAAGGUGUGGUUCGGGGACGUGGAGGCCGAGACCAUGUACAGGAGCCCGCGGUCCCUGGUGUGCGUGGUGCCCGUGGUGGCCGCCUUCGGCAGCGACUGGCGCUGGCUGCGCACACCCAUCACGGUGGCGGUGAGCCUGGUGCGCGCCGACGGCCUCUUCUACCCCAGCGCCUUCUCCUUCACCUACACCCCCGAAUACAGCGCGCGGCCCGUCCCGCCGGGCGCGCCCCCGCCCGCCACCGACGCCGACGCCGACGCCGACGCGCUGCUGGAGAGCAUUCACCGCGAGUUCACGCGCACCAACUUCCACCUCUUCAUCCAGACCUAGGCGCCCAGGCGGCCCCGCCCGGCCCUCGGCCCAAUUUGCCGGAUGCGAGGGAAGGCCCAGCCCCAGCAGCCGCAGAGGCUCUCGCCAUUGACACCGGCCCUGCGGGUCUUCCCCGAGUAGCCGGCUCCUCCU